ACACCAAAUGGUGACCAGAGCCAGUUAGGUUGAGACGGAAAGAAUGAAAAUGAUUCGUUUCUCUAUCCCCGUGUUAUUCAUUUUAUGUUGCUCUAUCAUUUGUUUCUCUUUCGUUACUGUUGAUGCUCAAGGCAGGAGAGCCCAGCCAGACAAUGUUCAGAAUAAAAUUCGGGAACUUGAAUAUCUGGUAAAGAUAUUGAAGAAUCAACUCGACAACAGUAAUGUAAAACAACAAUAUUUGCUGAAGAAAGUAGAAGAACUGGAGACCAAAGUGAAAACACACGAAAAAUGGUUACCUUCCAUAUUGGAUCACAACGCGCGUAAAAUACCACAUACUCAUACUCCGACGGGUAAAAUCCGCAGAACGUGCGCAGAAAUCCGCUCAAUGGAUCUUACGAUUCCAUCCGGAAUGCAAUGGAUCGAUCCGGACGGACAAGGCGUCGGCGAAACUCCAAUUUACGUGUACUGCGACAUGACAACAGGUUCGACCACAAUUAACCACGAUAGUCGCGCUCCUAUCAACGUGGGUCACUGCGCAGGGCCCGGAUGUUAUUCGCGUCCCAUCAAAUAUGAAGCGUCCAUGGCCCAAAUAAAAGCUUUGACCGAAUUGUCUAGUGAAUGCCGUCAGCCGAUCACAUACGAUUGCUUCAACGCGCCGCACAAAUUCGAAAAUACCAUGUACUCCUGGUGGAUCGACAGAAAUGGGAAUUCACAGAAUUUCUGGGCCGGAAACAACGCACAUGGAAGACCAAACUAUCAUCCGCAUCCGUAUAGGGAUCCGCAUCCGCAUCCGUAUAGGGAUCCGCAUUCGCAUCUGUAUUCGGAUCCGCAUUCGCAUCCGCAUACAAUGCCCAUCUGUCAGUGCGGAAUUGAUGGAAAUUGCGCCAAAUCUUCAGACAUGUGUAACUGUGACAGUCUUGUACCACAGCAGUUAUCCGACAAAGGUGUAAUCACUAGCAAAAAUAUUUUACCAAUCACUCGCCUUAAUUUUGGUGGAACUCAAUCGCCAUCUUCCUCCGGUAUCCACACACUGGGCAAUUUGACAUGCUCCGGAUAUUCCAGACAACCAAAACCCUCGACAAAACGUGCAGAAACCAAUACUCCAAUGCCAAAGUCCUGUGUUGAUCUAAAGAAAAUGGGUUACACCUUGAGCGGUUUCUUUUCCAUCAAAGGACAUAAAAUGAUGGUAUCCGUUUAUUGUGAUUUCUCUAAACUCCCUACAGAUGCAGGUUUCCAGAAAUGGAUUGGUUUCAUUGACGUCAAAUCGGCGCCAACGUACUUUUACGUUCAGCGGAACCAAAAAUUCGAUAAAGCCAACACUCCAAUUACGUUCCAUUCUGCGAUCGCAAACGCUGGAAAUGCCAUGAAUCUGCUAACAGGAAAAUUCAAGGCACUCGUCAAGGGAACCUAUUUCUUCUCCUUUUCCGGACUUGCGUUUUCUCCUGGAUGCUCUAAUGCUUGUUCAUCUCUGAUGUUUCAAGUGAAAAACGAUUUCAGUUUACAAGUCUCUCUUUUACUGAAUGGUGAAGAAAUCGGGUUCGGUUCAGUACAAGAUUCGAACGUCGUCACUAGUAAUCAAUGGAGUCCUGUGACCCUCCAGUCGACCCUAAACUUGAAGAAAGGCGAUACUGUUUGGGUACAAAUUUCUUACCUAUCGUCAGGAGCGUAUUUGCACGAUGACAAUUUCCACCACACCCAUUUCACUGGUUUCAUGUUGGAAGAGGAAAUCGUCGAGUCCCUUUAAACUGUAGAUGAAUUUGUGUUGUAGAGAAAUUUAAUUGGUUCUUAGAAAUAAACAAUGAAGUUAA